AUGCCUCGAUUGUCGUAUUUCACUGUUGACACUCGCAGGGCCAUAGAUGUGUCACUGAGCGACAAUGGACAAAGCCUUACAGAAGCUCCGGGCUCAGUCGUGUCGGGCAUCGCCACCGGGGAUGAUUUCCGCAUGCUGGGAUACCUCCCCGAUAGCGAUGAUCAACUUGCAAAUGGCGCUGAGCAAUCUCAAUCAGCUGCAUUAUCACCCUCCCAAGGACUCGUAUCGCCCGAAUUGGAAAAAGCAAUUCGCACUAUUCCCCCAAAACCUUAUACAGAUACCCUGGUGCAGUACUUUCUGAGUGAGAUGAAUGACCAGUACUAUUGCCUUUACCCACCGACUUUUUCGCACGACUAUGCGACGUGGUGGUCAGGGAAAGCCAAUGGCCAGUCAUUGACACCCGCCUUUACAGCCCUGCUGCUGCAUGUUUGCGCCUGCGCUGUUCUCUACCUGGAUGUCGAGACGCGACAGCAACUGGAGAGUGAUUUGGGCGAAAAUUAUGCCAGUCUUUCCGAGCAGUACCAUCGUACUGCCAAGCAGCUCAGCAACGCCAUUGGACCAGGAAAAGGCGGAUUGACACAAGUACAGCAACUCUUCCUUGGUGCAAUAUGGUACAAGACCGAAGCAUUAUUUGUCGAGUCAUGGCACGCCUUGGGGGCUGCAAUUCACGAAGCCCAAGAACUAGGAAUGCAUCGUAGCUCCUCCAAAGCAAAGGUGUCUGAAUUCGAACGGGAGAUGCGAAGACGGAUAUGGUGUCUUCUUUACACCUGGGACUGGCAAAUGUCGCUCCUUCUAUCACGACCAUUCAUNAUCAACAGCAGCUGCUGUUCCCUCGAGCUACCCAACCUACGACUCGAGACACCAAACACAGAAGCAAAUACCCCCUCCCCAGUAACAUCCAUAUCCCUCCAAUGCCAACUAGGACAAAGAAUCUCCACAAUCCCCGGAGUAAUGAGCGGCAUCCUAUUACCCAACCAAGCAAUCGCCAUCCAACAAGAAGUCACCCGAUGGACUGAAACCUUCCCACCAAUCUUCCACCUCACGGCCCCCGACACCACCUACGACCACACCCACACCUACAUACCAAUGCAACGCCACCAACUCCACGCCCUAGCCCACAUGGUCACCUUCAUGCCCCUCAAACCCUGUCUCACCAUCAACCCCACCACCCAUACACCCAACCUCGAAAAAUCCCUUCAACCCACUGCAGUAUCCUGCGCCUUGAACCUAAUGCUCUCAGCCCAGCAACUCCUCUCGCAUCUUCUCCCCGCAAAUGGCAAAUUCCACUUUGCGCCGUUUCUGAUGUUCGACACGGCUGCGUACCUCUGCUCUGCUCUUAUCCAUGACAAACAUCGAGACCUUCCCCAGCGGGAUAAGGUACUCGAGUGCAUAUCUCUAGCCCUAAGUACAUUGAAAGAUGUCGCCAGAACGGCCAAAACAGGCGCUACUUGCUAUGCUGUCCUUGCGAAGAUUGUGGGUAAUAUACCUCUCUCUGCCCAGGAGAGGGAAGUGAUUUGGGCGCAGAGGUCUCCUGCUACAACGUCUACCACUGAUAUUAUUGAUGAUGCGGGCCGUUCUUCGUCUGACGAUAAUAUUACAAGUCAACAGGAUAAUGGUAUGGUUUCGUCAGUGCCGGGAGGGCUCGGUUCAUCUGGAAUAACACCUGACAUGCACGCGUCUGCCGGUGGACUAGGACUAGAUGGUAUCCCUAGCAUGGAUCUGGAUUUAGAUCUGAGUGAUCUGAAUCAGAUUUGGGAUUGGGAUAAUCUUGGUUUAGAUUUGGAUAUAUCUGGUUUUUAA